UUCCAAAAUUGUAUUUUUGAUCAGUAAAUGCAUCUAGUUUAAACAUUAAGCCAAAGAUAUCAUUUGUCAUACUGAAGAAAAUUAACGUUCAAAUUAUUUCAAUUUAUAUUCUCGUACUUUCAUUCAAUGAAACUUCUAAAUGCGAUUUUCAAUAUAUCUAGAACAAUGCACUCAACAAGUAAUAAAGUUUACUGCAACAGGUUAACUGGAAAAGUAGCAGUUGUAACUGCUUCCACUGAUGGGAUAGGAUUUGCAAUAGCAAAGCGUUUAGGAGUUGAAGGAGCUAAAGUAGUAGUGAGUAGUCGCAAAUCUAAAAAUGUAGAAUCAGCUGUAUCUACUUUGUUAAAGGAAGGCCUUGAUGCACAUGGUGUAGUUUGUCAUGUUUCAAAAGCAGAAGAUAGAAAAGCACUUUACGACCAAGCAGUACAAAAAUAUGGGGGUAUUGAUAUAUUAGUUUCUAAUGCUGCUGUUAAUCCAACAGUUGGGCAUGUAUUGCAAUGCGAUGAACAAUCUUGGGAUAAAAUAUUUGAUGUGAAUGUAAAAUCAUCAUUCUUGCUAGCUAAAGAAGUCUUACCAUAUCUUCGAAAGAGAGGAGGUGGUAGCAUUGUAUUUGUAUCUUCAAUUGCUGGUCUUCAACCAUUUCCAAUUUUGGGUGCAUAUUCUGUGAGUAAAACUGCUCUGUUUGGUUUAACUAAAGCUGCUAGUCAUGAUCUUGCUUCAGAAAACAUUCGUGUAAAUUGUAUUGCUCCUGGCAUUGUAAAGACUAAAUUUUCCAGUGCUUUACAUGAGAGUGAAACUGCAAAAGAAGCAGCUUUGAUGAAUGUUCCCAUGAGAAGACUCGCAGAUCCAUCAGAGAUGUCUGGAGUAGUUGCUUUUCUGGUGUCAGACGAUGCUAGUUAUAUUACAGGUGAAACAUUAGUGGCUGCAGGUGGUAUGCCAUCACGACUUUAAUUGGAAUUUUAAAUAUUUUACUCUAAUUUUGGAUUUUAUAAACUGCUUGGGUAUAUUGGAUAUAUGAAUUAACAAUUCUAGCAAUGUGAGAAAAACUGAAUUAGCUUAUGGUGGUAAUACAUAAACACAGCUACUCUAUAAUUGUAUAUAAGCUGCAUCAGCUAUUCUAUAAUUUUGUAUAAUAAACCAUUUGGAAAAAUGAG